AUGGACGCUGACCACCGCCAUGUCUGCAAGUUCGACAGCCCCUCGGACCCAAAAUACAAGAUGCUGCGAAAUGCUCUUCUCACAGCUGUCGAUGCAAUACGGUCAUCUCGGCCCGAGACUCCGCCACCGCAGCCAUCCUCCCUGUCUGGACCUAUCCUGCAGCUGAGUAGUGCUCCAUCUCUGUCCGAUGCCACAGCAGCUGCACUCCUUCGCUCUUUUCUAGGAACUAGAGACUCCUUCGAGACCGACUUGGCAACUCUGCAAGUCCUCAAGCAGCCGGGGUCAUGCCAAUGGUUCACCAGGAAGGCGAUUCUUGCCUGUCAUAUCAUUGAACAGCUCAAAUCUCCCAAUGCAUUCUGCAGUUAUUUCAUUUCUCGACACGCAAAGACUGGCAACUCUACCUUGGGUGAAUGUUUCCUAUCCUUAGCCUAUCAGAUGGCGCUCCAGGACAACCUUGUUCGGGACGCUUUGCUCAAGCUCGCCCAGGACGAUAUGCCUUGGGACAAGACCGAUGAAGCUGUGGUUUGGCGCCGCAUCUUUACGGCUACCCUGUUCAAAAUACCGUCGAUGGCAAGCCACUUUUGGGUGAUCGAUGGUGUGGACGAAUUUUCAUGUUUUGGUUCUUUAUUUUCCAACAAGUUUCUUGCCACUAUACCCCACGAUCUUCACCUUUUUGCUACCAGUCGACUUUUGGAAGACAUUGAGCGUGGCUUGCUCUCUCUAGGACGGAAGAAGGCAACAAUAGAGAAGCUAUCGGAUACGGACACUACAACCCCCAAGACCGCGAGCGCAUGUGUGAGAAGAUACUUGCCAAAUCCCGGGGCUCUUUUUUUUUGGACACGACUGGUCGUACAAGAGUUUGAGGAUGUCUGGUGGGAUGAGACCAUGGAGGUUGUGUUGGAAGAGGUACCUGCCGACCUGUUCGCCUUCUAUCGUCGAAUGACGGAAUCCAUUACUUUCAAGAAACGAAAAGCUACCCUUGCAAAGUCCAUCUUGACUUGGGUUACACUCUCAUCCCGCCCACUCACUUUGCAGGAGCUACGAUCCAUACCGGAUCUCUGCGCACAGCUCGUAUUCAUUGACAUUAAUAGCACUGUGCAGAUGACAUACGAAACCUCCAGAGUUACGGAGAAGCAGUCAGCGAUUGGGGGUUCGGUGGGACUCGGAAAGUUUGCAGCGACACCACAGCCAUUGGACCCCUCUAUGGUUAACUACGCAUGCCGCUUCUUCUCCAAUCAUGUUUUCCUGUUCGCAUCAUCUGACGACUACCUCACGGACGCUCUCUGCGAGUUUCUACGGAGCAACACUGUCCUAGAAUGGAUCGAACAUGUCUCAGCAGCCGGAAAUCUGGCCGUGAUCGCUCAGACAGCCACAAAUUUACGGGAAUAUAUUGGCCACCAGCGAGCUCCUAGAGGACUUACCGUACAAGGAGUACUACCUGGGACAUGGGACGAUUGUCUUACUCAAAUAGACUUCCGCAGUGGUCCUGCGACAACAGUGGCUCAUGGUGAGCGUUAUUUCGCCGUUGGUCUGGCAACUGGUCAGUUAUUGCUAUACGAUCCGGAGUCUCUUCACUGCCUUCGCUAUUUGAGCCAUCCUGAACGUGCCCGGAAAUUGGCAUUCAGCCUUGAUGACGCCCUUUUGGCUUCUUGCGGCGCGAAACAGCUUGUGAUUUGGGAUCCCAAGUCGGGAUCCAUGAGACAUGCAAUUUCGAUGAUGUCACCACCGCUGGCCAUGAUAUUUCUCGGUGUCGAAGAGAUCGUAUUGGCACACCAAUCUAGUGUCCUCACAAAAUGGAAGCUACAAACACAGGAGUUUGACACGAUUUGCUGGAAUCAUCCGGACAACCGUAGUGACUACAUACCAAACUCCUUUCCGCACACGAUCAUUCCGACACAAGCCCCAUCUCAAGCACCAUUUCUCGUUACCCCUGACGAGGUAUUUGUCGCUGUCGGCUAUCGUUCACAUCCAGUUCUCAUCCUAAGCAUCUUCGAGUUCCGUCUGGUUGGUAUUUGCGCCACCAAAUUCGACAGCAAGGGAGUCAAUGACCUCAUCUUCAACCCUGACCCGGAAUUUCGUACCCUAGUGGCAGCCUUUGAGGGCGGUAGUCUCUGUGUCUUUGACUACCUAACGCAAGAACUGCAUCUCCGCCGGCCUCAGGUCCAUGCCCAAAGUCUCGCCUGCUCUCCAGAUGGAAGAAGCCUCGGGGCGGGGACCAAUCAGGGUGCUGUCGAAAUUUUCGAAUUCGAGCGUGAUCACCAUGGCGCUAUCACAACUCUAGUACCCAUCUACCGCACAAAUCACCCAUUAGACCAGGCUGUCCGUGGUCUCUGCUUCAGUUCAGAUGGGGUACGCUUUGUUGACAUUCGUGGCAAGAAAGGCCGCGUGUGGGCUCCGGCUUCUUUGGUCAGAAAGAGUAUGAAUGACUUGAUGAGCUCGACUGGGAGCUUGGACGCAGAGGCUGCCCAAACGUUUGGCUCACAAGCAUCCAGGACGAUGUUGCUUCACCCUCCUGACCAUCCAGAAAUAACGAGUUCAAUCGUGGCAUCCUCUGACGGGAGCCUCAUCAUUGUUGUCAAAAGAGAUGGGAGUGUAGUGGCAUUAUCAACAGCAGGGGCGAGAGAAAUCGGUGUCCUCUACAGACAUGGAAUUGGGUCAGCGAUUGGCGAAAUUGUACUGAGCGCAUCCCAACAGAUGAUUGCGUCUGUCGACGAUUCGGCGCGUAUUCUAGUUGUCAGACCGACGCUAUCAAGAAGCUGUUACGCAAAUGUUUUUCAGCUCCGCCGCCGAUACGUUACUAGUUGCCGGUCGUACUUCUGCUCAACUGCGGAGUUAACGACUGGGUUGGUCUAUUUUCCUGGUCGUCAAACUGUCGAGGCCACUGUGGGACUUGCAGUUGGUGACAUCGCCGCCACUGACGGCCCAAUCUCUCCUGGGCUGAGCGGGAAAGUGUCUGAUGCACAAGAUUUAACACACCGCGCCGUCUUCCCACACCCGAAUACUGCCUGGUUCGUGCUCCUAUAUGGCGACGUUGUUCGUAUUUACUCCUGGUCAAACUUUUCAGAACUCACGCCUGUUCAUGUUAAAAGAAUUGAGAGACCAUACGAAGCCCCCGCACCCAAAACCGGAGUGGAUGCUCCCUUGCAGAGUCGCCAUGUCAGAAUCAAGGCAUCUUACCACGUGGCAAAAGACUGUGUUGUGGAAUUUAUUGAGCCCUAUUCGACCACCCGGCCGCAGCUUCACUUGUGGUCCGCCUCCUCGCUCGACCCAUUUUCCACCGAGGAUACUAUCAGACCAGCAGACGAAACGAAUUUGUACACGGUCAGACACAAUGUCCACUCAGUUCUGGGUCUUGUUGGUGCGUCGACUUUGCUGUUUCUGGACACCAACCUGUGGGUGUGCAGUGUCAGCCUGCAAUCAAUGAUGAUAAACACGCACUUGUCGACCGGUCGUGGAUCACAAGCCAGGGGCUUUGCCAAUAGAAACUACCAAGGCACGUCCAGAACUCAGGCUCUCGGCUCUGGCACAGCGAGUGCAUCGCCCUCGUCAUCAACAAUUCAUGCAAGCACACCCAUGACUCAUGCACGAAGGCAUUGCUUUGCUCUGAGUGAGUGGAGGACCGCAGCUGGGGAAGUUCGUGCCACAACAAUCGUGCUGGGGCAUACACAGGCCUGGGGGCGAAUGGCAAAUGGGAGUUCAACUGGCAGUCGGGAAGUUGGGAUAGCGUUUGUGAAUGGGCAUCGGGUAGUUGUUAUGAACGGUGGAUUGGGAUUCUCUGAGGGUGUUGCAGUGACGACAUCGACGACCGUGAAAAUCGCAGGCCAGGAUAUAUGGACCGUCACUAGUGGAAGUAUGCAUCGUCAAGCUUCUCACUGGUAG